AAUAUCUUUGCUCAAUAAAAAUUAAUGUGGCUUUGUAAUGUGUGCAUGUAAAUAAUGUGGUUUUGCUUUUAUAAUUGAUGGAGGAAGCACAGGCACUUGUAGGAUGCAGUUGAUUGUACUUCUGUAGUUAACCUGCUUUAGGAUGACGUGAAUGCUGUCCUGGGGACUUCGUUAACAGUGAAGGAAGUGUGCACAGUUUUCCGGUGACCUCCCUGCUUGGCUCGCAGCAAAGAUAGGUGGAAUGGAGUUCAGAAUUCUGAUCUGACAAUUUUGUCAUCUGCUCUGCAUUCUCUGUGUGCCGCACUGAAAUGUAACCAGGGAUACAGACUUGCAGAGUGCCACCAUUUAUCUGUAGCUUCUCUUCAGAGGAGGAGGAGAAGAAGAGGGAAAACUUGGCAAAAAAAAUCUGAGUGGUUGUUGGUGGUGUUCUGCUUCUCUAAGUUUAGCAGCAUUGGGGGUGGUUGUUAAAACGGGCUCUCCAAUUUUGAAACCCACUGUUCUGAGCAGCAUUAGGUAAUGUGAUUCUUCAGCCUGCUGGAAGUGCAUCCUAUGCUGCAGUUUCCAAACAAAAGACCUGACUGAAUUUAAUAAGUAACUUAGUAAAAACUGAAAAGAUUCUAAAACUUUUCCUGUUGGAGCCAAGAACUGCAUAGUUUGUUCAUUGAUAAGCUCCAGGCAGUUUAUUUAAAUUGUAAUUUGUGGAAGUUUACGCCAUACUGAAAUCAUACUGCUUCACUCCACAGAGGCAAACCUGAUCUCAGCAUUAGCAGGGGCUUGUUGUUUUGCAACUGUAGAGAAACUUCUCCUUGUCUGUUACACAGCCAGGAGAACAAUAUAGAGGGUUAUGGAAAGGCUGCAUUAUUCCAGGGGCCUUUCUGAUGGGUUUCACAGUUUCUAUAGGAUGUUAACAAAUCUCCCAUUACAAAAAGCUGCAACUGAAUUUUAUAAAAUACCACCUCAUCUAAUUCCUUCCCUGAUGGAUUUUGUCAGCUGGCUUCCUGAUGUCCCAAUGUAAUAUCAGCUUGAAGAAGCAGAGGAGUCGAAGUAUCUUUAGCACCUUAUUCUGCUGCUUUCGUGACUACAAUGUCGAACCACCAUCUGCCAACAGCACCAGUGCUCUGCCUCCUUUGGUGGAGGAGAAUGGAGGACUUCAGAAGGGUGACCAGAUGCAGGUCAUGCCUAUACCAAGUGGAAUAUACUAUUUCCACGAGACUGAAGCAGUGCAGCAGUCGUUUCACUACAAGCCACCAGCUAAAUACCUCCUGCCAGAACUGACAGCAUCAGACUAUGGGAAGAAGUGUGUGGUCAUUGAUUUAGAUGAAACUUUAGUGCACAGUUCAUUUAAGCCAAUUAGCAAUGCUGAUUUCAUCGUUCCUGUUGAAAUUGAUGGAACCAUACAUCAGGUUUAUGUAUUGAAACGACCACAUGUGGAUGAGUUUCUUCAGAGGAUGGGAGAGCUCUUUGAAUGUGUACUCUUCACAGCCAGCCUAGCCAAGUAUGCAGACCCAGUAGCUGACUUACUGGAUCGCUGGGGUGUGUUCAGGGCAAGGCUCUUUAGAGAAUCCUGUGUUUUUCACCGAGGAAAUUAUGUGAAGGAUCUGAGUCGACUGGGACGUGAGCUGAGUAAAGUUAUUAUAGUAGAUAAUUCCCCUGCAUCUUACAUCUUCCAUCCUGAAAAUGCAGUGCCUGUGCAGUCCUGGUUUGAUGACAUGACAGACACAGAGCUGCUAGAUCUUAUUCCUUUCUUUGAAGGACUAAGCAAAGAGGAAGAAGUUUACAGUAUGCUUCAUAAACUCUGCAACAGGUAGCCCUUAACUUUGACUGACUUCUGCUACUAGCAGAUAGAGGCUGUCUCCAUCUUUUUCAGCUCUUUCAAAUGUAAGCUUUGGGGAGGUCACCCCUGUCAGAAGUGCUACUCUUGAUCUUCCUGUUACAUUGGACACGAAGGACAAUCAUGAGUGAUGCUGUUAAGCCUUCAGAAGCCUGACUCCUAAGGUCAUGUGUUCAGACUACUUUUUUAAAGGAAAAAAAAAAAAAGAAAAAAAGAAGCUAUUUUAAAUGGGACUCUUUUAAUGAAUUUCAUAAAUGGACAUCUUUUACUGGAUCAGCUUUUCUUAAAACAUGCCAAAAAAGAAGCUUGUAUUUCAGCAGUUGAAUUUCUCUCCCUUUCUUCCCCUCCCACUAUGCAGACAAUUUUACCCCCCUGCUUAGAGCAGUUGACCUGACUCUGAAUUUUUUCUUACAGAAUGAAGUGCCUUUUUGAAUGUUAUUUUAAGAUAAAAAUUCAUUUUUGUAUAAGACGUAUUUCCAGACAUCUUUUAGUCUUGUAUUGUCUAAAUGCUUUAAAAGGAAAAAGGAAAAAUUUUAUAGAGCACUGUAAUAUAUAACAAAGGAAAAAGUUGAAACAAAGAUGCUGGGUUCCUGUCUCCACGAUGACAUUAAGUUGUAUUACAUUUUGUCAUGCUCAGAAGGUUUCAGCGUUUGUGGGAGGGAUGAUCUUGGUUAAUUACAUGGUGGUUUCACUGAUGAUUUUGGGCACAGUUUUGAACAUAUCUGCAGUUGUUUGAGUAUUAGGGAAUAAUGGAAUUGAGAAAAUAAGGUGGCUAAUAGAUCUAAAGCACCCUUUAUUCUAGACAGAUGAAAUUCUGUUGUCUCUGCUUACGCACAACUGCCAUGCCUCUCGUUUUUUGGAAAACCAUUAUCUUGGGAGAAUGGGGAGGAGAUCUAUUUAUUAGUUUUAAGAUUCUUUUCUUAAAAAAAAACACAAAAAAAAUCUGGGUAAGCUGGAUCUGUAUUGAGCUAUUUUGAGUACUUUUUUCUUUUAAUUGCUGCUACUGUAUACUCACCAAAUGGAGUUGACCAUCGGCUGUUAAACUGUUUUUGCCACUGUGCCUGUGCUAUGAAACAUUUUCCGUAAGCUGCAGACUUGGGCAAUAAAUAAAAUACAGGCUUCAUAACCCACCCCAAUGUAUUAAUCCUAUGGUAUCCGAUAUACCAGAAAAUUCAGUUAAAGGUGACCUGUAAAAGAUUCUGGUUUUUUUAGGGAUUUUUUUUUCAGUUGGGAUGAAGCCCUCUCUUUCUUUGGUAUAUAAAAUUGCAAAAAGCAUUUUUCCCACAUCUCUGAUUCAUAUUCUUCUUCCCCAAGGUGUAUGGUGCAGAUCAGUAGCUUUAUUGAGUCUUGCUAAAAGGGCAGAAGUUGCUAGCCUGGACUAAAACCAGUCCUCUGGCUUUGUGGUUGAGUAAGUCUCAUCUCUGAAUCUGAGAGCCUGCUUAGCAUCUUCUGUAGUGUCAUAGAUCCCUUUCAGAAGAAUAACCUUCAAAUAUUUUAUGCCUUUGAAGAACAAGGCGUGCCUUUUUUUUUUUUAAUCCCACUUACCAGUGUCACCUUUUAAUUAUUGUACGCACCAGAAAUCUGCAAACAUAAAAAUUACAGCUAUGUUUGGCCAGUGUCUGAGAAAACUAAGUGGUGUAAUUGGUGCUUCUAAUUAGCCUUGUGCUAAAUACUGAAUAGUAGAUCCCCCUUUGCCUUUUCUGUUUUUCUCAAAAUGUCUUGACGACUUGGAAAAACAUUUUUGUGAUGGACUUGGAAUUAUCAUCCUUGUCUAAAACAUUGGUGAAGCAGCUUAACAAAUUCCUUCAUAGAAGGGCAGGCCAGCCUACACAGGCAGUGAGUAGGUUGUCUUAGGUGCAGUAUAAAACCGAAAGAUGACUUUGGCCCCUUGCAGGGCAGCUGUGCACCAGCUGCACACUGUGUCUGGUAGCGAGGGGUGUUAGAGGCAGUCCCAUGACGCUCGUGAGUCUGUACGGCAUUACCGUUUUGUUUUCUUACCAGUUGGCGUUACCUUAGUACUGUAUAGUUCUGUGCCACAACAAAAGACAAAACUGUCACAUUAAAAAAGUACAUUGAUAAAAAAUGAAAAAGAAAAAAGGACGUAUGGAUUCUGGUUAGUCCAUUAACGUUUACUUUCAGUUUAAGAUUGUUUAAUUUUGUAUUUGACUUCAGAGUAAUGAAACUCUAAGCUGCCAAAAAGUUGUUCUCUGAGCAGUAUUUUCAACUGUGUUUGUAGCUUCUAGGCUUCAAAUACAGUUUGCAGGGAAGUAUUCAGGUUGUAGUUAGUUGUGCAGGUAUGAUAGGAAUGGCUGAAAAAAUUCAAAGAUUUCUCACUAGCAUUAGACCAAACAAUCUUGCAAUUAGACAAUAAAUAACCCCACCGAGACAUUACCAUGUAACGGUUGUGACCUGUUGUAUGUGAGACAAACCAUGUCAUUAGUUUGCAUUUAUGAAAGCAGCGAUUUCAUGAACCAGUUGCCUUAAGUCUGUGAAUGAAUGUUGAUUAUUAAAGUGUCUUGUAUUGUUUUAAAAUCCACAUAUAAUGGGCAACUGAACUUCUGCACCAGCUUCUGUAGGAACGGUUCUGAUGGUGUUCUCUACUUGUUCUGUAAUGUUUGUUUGGGCUCUUGAAAUUGAAUUUCAAAAAACAAAUUUAUUUUAACUUAAAACGACAUUUGGUGAUAAUGUAAAGGAAAAAACUUAGCAACAGUUUUGAUCUCUGCUAGUGUUUUAAGAGUAUUUUCUGUAACUUCUGACGAAAAAUAUUGGUGUUUUAACUCACUCCCAUUGAAGUAAAACUUGGAGUGCUCUGCAGUCAGGUUUGAACUUCCCUGGGUUAUCAAAUUUGGCCAAAGGGAUCAAACUGCCGUAGUGGUUUAUUUUGACACUAUCAUCAUACUUGAAAUUUCAAGUGUUAAGUUUGCGUGACUAUACAUACGCUAUAUAGUUAGAGUUUCUAGAUUUUAACAAAGCAAUAUAGUUCUGUCCAUAAAGUCAGAAAAUGAGUGGAAUGUUUGUAAAAUUUGCAAUACGGGUAUUUGAUUGUAUUUUAAAUAGGAAAAAAAUACUUGUUUCCUAAAGCUCUUGCAUAUUUUGAAGUGCAGUUAAUGCAUGCAGGUCACCAGGGCUGUUAUAAACCCUGGGUUUCAAUUUUUAUUUCUGGAUAUUAUAGAAGUGUUAAGAUGUCCUUUCCAGUUGGUCAUUCUGUUCAGCUAAAGAAACAACGCUGCCUGGCCUGAAGUUCUGUUGUCCUUUUUAUGUUGGGUUAAAAAAGGUUUUUUGCCUGUAUAGGUAUUUUUAACUUAAACUGUAAGGCAGAAUGCCUUAGAUUCUUGAAAUUCAACUGAAGUGUUAUGAUUAAAUUGCCAUUUGUAAACUAGGGCUGUGCACAGAAUACUUGUUAACCACCAGGAAGCGUGGCAGGUUUUGAAUGGAGAAGCGUAGCAAAUGUACAAUGUUGCUGUGUUCCUUUAGGUAGCUUUGGAAGAAUAAUUUGUCUGUUUGUUUUGCCCUUCAAUCUUUUCUUUGAACAGCAAAGCUAUACAUGGAAGAAACUCAACACCUGAAGACAUUUGGUUAUCAAUGUAUGCAAUCACUUUAUCACAGCAUGAUUUUGAUUAGACUGGUUGGGGACAAUAAAGUAUCUAAAUGACAGUGGUGUGUACGGAUGUUGCAGCUUUUGAAAUUUCAGUGUAAAAAAAAAUCUGUAGCUAUAUAAUUUGCAAACACAUAAUCUUAUGUUUUACAGAUUCUUUUUAAACUAAUAAAACACAGUACUGCACAGCCCUAUUUGUAAAACAAAACCAAGUUUGUGCCUCUGAUUUCCAAGGUGCUGUGAUGUUGUUAUGCCUUUGUGGGGUGAGGAGGGCAGGUGAGACUUGCGUGGAGCAAUUGCUUAAAAAUCUCUGGGCUAACUAUGCAAAACCAGCUGUCAGUUUUCUGUUUCACAUUAUAUUGUAAAAUCCCAGCUGAUUUCUUUUUUUCUCUUCAUUCUUGUUAAUGCUUUAUUGGGAACUUCUUAAUAGAGGAGUAAGCAAUGGAAAUGUUUCUUUUUUUCUCUUUUUUUUUUCUUUUUUUUCUUUUUUGUUCCUAAUAAUGGAGCCGUUUACACGUUAAUGCAAUGAACAAUCCAGCAAUACUUGAGAAACACUACAGACAGCAUAUGAGUGUUUUCAGGAAAGAGAAGUGUUGUCAAUCAGGUAUUGAAUGGUUUCUUUACUGUCACAAAUAAAAAAAUUUAACAAUAUAGUUACUUGUGCAUGUAAUACUUCUCUGGGAAAAAGAGUUUCUGCACUUCUCCUUCCAUAAUAGGCACUGCCCUAAUUUGAGAGGAACUUUAUUCCUGCUGAUGCACAUCCACUUUAGAUAGUAAAAUCACCCAUUUCUCUUCCACUCUCUUCCCCCUCUCCUCUUUUUAAGUCAUGUAUAUGACUCCUUAUUGAAUGUCCUGGCACCUGCUUGUGCAAACAGAGCUGGUGAACUACUGAUGAACUCGGCUAAAUAAAUUGGUGGUGACUCUUGCACACGUUCCAGCUAUUUAGAUCUCUUGGAUGAGAUCAUACAAUAAUUUUUUCAAGUCUCAAAGCUGUGUGACUUCUUUUGAAGGGCUUCUUCAGCUUCUUGAAUAGCUGUUCUUAACAUCAGUGCCAUACCCAAGUGAAUAUCUGAAUAAAACACUUUAUUUGGUUGGAUAGUCUAUUUUGGGAUUUUUUUAUCUGACACAGUAAGACUUAGACAGAGCCCUCCUUUCUAGGAAAAGGCACAUAUUAUUAAUGCUUUAUGAGCAGUAAACCUCAGGCCUGUUAGAAUAAGCAGCUGGAUCAAGAUAGCACAUUAGUUGCAAUUAAAAAUAGUAGUUAUCUAUUUCUGUGAUCAGUUGGAAUGACCUAGACUGCCUUUAUUUUGUACUGGUGGGUUGGAUUCUUUGAUUAUUUUUAGUUGUAUUUUUUUAAUUAUUAUGAUUUAAUUUUGCCAAUCUCCUUAGCUGCUACUUAGGAUAAAAAUGCCUUUCUUUCACUCAGUAAACAAGUAUUCAAAAUUCAUAAAACAGCUCAUUUAUAGUGGUGAGAAAGAUACUGUUGUCCUGACUGAUGGAAACUAAGUGUCUGCAGAAUUCAGAAUACUCUGUACAUGUAUAUGCCUUCCAGUACUUUUUCCCCUUCCUUUUUAUUGUGUUCUGACUCAGAAGGAAGCCAACUGCUCUAAUUCCCUGCAAGAUGGGAUAGGGCUCUUCCAGGUGGGCUGCAGCUCCAGGGGAUCCUGCAGUCUCCAGCAGUUUUCUUGGCAAGCGACUUCUGUGAUGCGGACUUCCUACCAACUCAGCUAUGCUGGCAGGAGACCAGGGCUCUUUGGUUGGUUCUGCUGGAGCUACUGGAAAAUAAAUGAUCUUUGGGUAGUAUAUUGGUUGGGACAGGUUGGCAAACCCAGACUUGGAAAAGUUCCAAGGAGUGUUUUGUUUAAAGCCUCCUCAAGUGUGAUUCCAGAGGGAUCCUGCUGAGGAGCAGGUUGUCAUGUAUCUGCCCGCUGCCGUGUUAAUCAGUGAUGCUGAAGCACAGAGCAUACACUAACAUCUUGGACUUCAUAGAGGUCAGUUUCUGUCAGUAAAGCAGGUCUGCAUCUGCAGUUACACACCUUCCCAAACAGCAACUGAAAAAGGUUAGAUUGGUCAUUGCUAAAGUCUGCAGCAAACUGAAUUUUUUGAGGUGGUGGCUGUGUCAGCUUAGCUGUAUCCUCCAGACCUUGGUGGACCCUAUGCUGUAAUUGUGCCUCUGCCACUCUUAUGUGUGCAACCAGCAUUGCUUAAUUUUGUAACUGCCUUUUAAUUUACUGCUGUAGACACACAUUUGGUUGGGAUGCUAAUUGCAGGAGAAUGUUGGAUGAAGAAACGAAACACAGCUGGCCCCCUCAGCCUUGGCCAUCAUCUCAGGCUAGACUCCAGCAAGGAUAAGGCUGUUGCUACUUGAAGAUGAACAGAGGAGUCACCGCUGAGCCAGAAACUUGUCACCCCCUCUGAGAACCACUGUUCUUCUAGAUCACGAGGGAUGAUGGUUUUGUUCAUACAAAUGCAGUGUGCACCACCUGUGAAUACCCACCACUUCAGUACAUGUUGCCCUUGGAGAGUCUGAGGGUUGUUGGAGUUACCGGCUUGACAGUGGGUUGUUUUCUUUGUCACAUUUUAAUGAGCUUCUGUGAUGAAAACCAAAUUCCUUUACGGUGUAGCUUUGUGAUUUCUCUUUUUUUCAAGCUUUGAUUCAGUUUGACAAUAAACUAUCUGUGUUAUUUUUUUUU